AUGGAAAGAAAGGAAGAAUAUACUGACGCGUCCGCCUCUCCGGAAGCAGUUGCAAGGGAAGUCUCCACCAUUUCUCUUCAGUCAAGAAUACCAUCAUUUUGGCGAGCACAACCGAAACUGUGGUUUGCACAAUUUGAGGCCGUGGUAUCAUCAUACAAGACCAGUGAAGAUCAGAAAUAUAAUCUCGUUAUCGCCGUAUUAGAAAGAACAGACAUCGAGCAAGUGAGCGAUAUCAUCUGCAAUCCCCCAUCUGCUGGAAAAUAUCAGGCUCUGAAGAAGAGAUUGUUGUCGGUGUACGAGGAAUCAGAGUCCAAACAAUUUCAAAAGCUGUUAGGAGGAUUAGAACUGGGAGAACAGAAGCCUUCACAACUUCUUCGUGUUAUGCGAGAUUUAUCCGGAACAAAAGUCGCUGAUGAUGCCCUGAAAGUUCUGUGGAUGGGACAUUUACCGUCACAAGUACGAGCCGUGCUGUCUGUCAGCACAGAAUCCUCGCUCGACACCAUGGCCACGAUGGCAGACAAAAUGAUGGAGCACACAGAACAAACCGUAGCAGAAAUUCGACAGGAUGCAACCCCUGGAAGCAGCAGCGGAGCACAAAACAAUUUGCAAUUUCAAGUAUUAAGCAAACAAAUAGAAAAGCUUACACUCGAGAUUGCCGCUCUCAAGGAAGAUCGAUCCAGAUUUCGUGGUCGUCAGCCCUUUAGAAACCCCCGUCGAAACAAAUCGUCAACAAGAUCGAAGUCGAGAAAUGGAAGAAAACCAGGUGACCCAGAAUGGGAGUGCUCCUACCACUAUCGUUUCGGUGAUAGGGCCAGAAAAUGCCAGUCACCCUGCGCUCGACGACGGUCGGAAAACUAG